UGUGUGUGUUUGUGUCGCGGUGAAGGGACGCGGGCCGAGUCCAGGAUGUUGCACCCGGAGGACGGUGUGAGACUGGAGUGCAGUGUGGCGGUGGAGCGGGUGAGCGGCGCAGCAGCAGGUCCCGCGGUACAGCGCCGGGUUCUCCGCCGUGCUGCGGUCGCUCUGGGCCGGGACGAGUUCCGAGAGCUUGUGCUUCGCGUCCAGGACCUCCGUGGUGGACCCCAUGAGAGCUUUGCGUUGCGUAGGGACUUUCGUCUCUUCACGCGGUUCGUCAAGGACGGCAAGUGCACGGUGAACUUCCCGCAGAACAACACGCAGCUCCUGAUCUCCGACUGUCCACCUGACCGACUGAAAACCUUCCUGAAGACCCUGAGUAUAAAGCAUGAGGCCUUAAAGGGCAACAACCCGGUCAGCGAAAGGGCCCGGAUGCGGGCGGGCGUCCCCAGAAGCUUUGAAAUCAUCAGCCCUGUACAGCAGAAAGACAUCCAGAAAGCGAACGAGUUGAGGAGCAAAGUGAACGCUCCGCUGCAGGGGAGGGCGCUGACGGAGAGAGUCGUGAACAGGACAGACGGCCGACAGCAGGCCAAACGACCCCGAACAGACGGAGACUCCAGUCCGGUUAAAGCUCUGCACCCUCACAAGAAGCCCAUCCUCACGUUGCCAGUUGCACAAAAACUCAGCAAGGAACAGAUGGCAGUUCUGAAUGCAGUACUGAGUGGGAAGAAUGUGUUUUUCACUGGAAGUGCUGGUACGGGGAAGUCCUUCCUGUUGAAAAGGAUUGUGGGAUCGCUGCCCCCGAAAAGCACGUACGCCACGGCCAGCACCGGUGUCGCUGCAUGUCAUAUAGGAGGGACGACCUUACACAGUUUCGCAGGUAUCGGCUCGGGUUCGGCUCCUCUAGAGCAGUGUUUGGAGCUCGCGCAGCGGCCCGGAGUCCUGCAGCACUGGACCAGCUGCAAACACCUGAUCAUCGACGAGAUCUCGAUGGUGGAGGCCGAGUUCUUUGACAAGCUCGAGUCUAUCGCCAGGUCAAUUAGAAGAUCCACCGAGCCUUUCGGAGGGAUUCAGCUGAUCGUGUGCGGAGAUUUUCUCCAGCUUCCUCCCGUCACUAAAGGAAAGGAGAAACCCAGCUUCUGCUUCCAGUCGAGGAGCUGGAGGAAGUGCAUCCACGUGAACAUGGAGCUGACGGAGGUGCGCCGGCAGACGGACCGCACUUUCAUCUCGCUCCUGCAGGCCGUUCGACUUGGCAGAGUCACUGAGGAAGUCACUGCCCGGCUCCUGCAGAGCGCCAGUAACCCCAUCGAGCGGGACGGUAUCCUAGCUACCAGGCUGUGCACACACAAGGACGAUGUGGAGCUCACUAACGAGAACAAACUCAAGCAGUUGCCAGGACCUCUGCGUGUGUUCGAGGCGCUGGACAGUGACCCGAUGUUGGUUAAAACCAUCGACGCACAGAGUCCAGUGGGUCAGACGUUACAGCUGAAAGUGGGAGCUCAGGUUAUGCUGACCAAAAACCUGGAUGUCCAGCGAGGGCUGGUGAACGGUGCGAGAGGCGUCGUGGUGGACUUCCUGCCGGGAAAUCAGGGCCUCCCGAGAGUGCGCUUCCUCUGCGGCGCUGUAGAAGUGAUGAAGCGCGAGCGCUGGACGUUUAAGGCGGCGGGAGGAGUGUACCUGAGCCGACAGCAGCUCCCGUUGAAGCUAGCCUGGGCCAUCUCCAUCCACAAGAGUCAAGGCAUGACGCUGGACUGCGUGGAGAUCUCUCUGGCCCGGGUGUUCGAGAGCGGCCAGGCGUACGUAGCGCUAUCCCGAGCCCGCAGCCUGGAGGGGCUCCGUGUCAUGGACUUUGACCCGCGAGUGGUCCAGGCCAACUCUGACGUUCUGAUCUUCUACAAGAGGCUGAAGAGGGAGCGACUCCUCCUGCAGUCCUCCAUGAAUGACUUUGUUGGGAAAAGCAACAAGGAGAAUGAAGCGUGGUGAGAUCUCUACAUCACGCCCCUGUGCACUGUGUGUACGCCCCGGACUCGCCCGAUCUGUCUCUCUCUCUCUUUAUUUAUUUAUUCAUCAUGAUUUACAUUUCUGACGUUCUCAUGGUGCUGCUGUAAAAUGUUAAACUCCUGGGAUAAGUGUGUGCAUUUUGGUUUUUACCCCAUAUUUUGUUUUAAUAAAUUUGCUUAAAAAAAAAAAAAAAU